CAUAUCUCAGCUUUAUGUUCCACAGGAACACGCCUGCGGUACAUUACGAUACUUAUAGAAAAUCGAACAUGCAGUGUUAAUAAAUGCAACCCUGAUUUAAACAAAAACUUUAAAUACAUAGCCAAGUAUAAAGUAAAUAUAAAUUCUAAAGUAAUAUAGAAAUUAUGACCUUACAUUUCAAAUACUAAAAAAUAAUAAAUCAAUAUAGGAAAAUAGAUUAUUAUUAAGUAAAAUUAUUAUGAGUGACCACCGAAUGUCUAGUUUUCAAGUCGAUCAGCGGGCAAAUUUUCUCGCUCUAAUAUUAUUGGAUGCACUGGAGGAUGGAAAUGAAAGUGAUAUAUUUGCAAUAUUAGGCAAAAAUAAAGUAGAUGCUAGUUAUGUGCCCACUGAACGAGGCAUAUCCCCUCUGCACUACGCAUGUGGGAUGGAGAAUGCAGCAAUAGCUUUCGAAAUCAUAGAAAGGUUUCUCAAAGAUGGUGCUGAUCCUAAUGUUCGAUCGAAUGAAGAUAUGACCCCCUUGCACGUGGCAGCUAUUUUCGGACGUUGUGAGAUAGCCACUUUACUUUUGAAAUAUGGUGCUCGGCAUGACCUUCUUGACGAUGAACGUAAAACUCCAAUUCACUAUGCCAUCGAGGAGUGUCAUUUUGAGGUGUUGGAGGCGAUUCGGAAUCAUAUAUUCCAGCAAAAAUUUCAAAAAGUGCAAGAAAAACGACUUGAAGAAAAAACUCAUGCAAAUGUCUCUCCCAAUAAACUGGUUAAUACAAAGGAGGAAAAUAUCUCGAAUAGGACACCCAUUAAUAAGAAGAUCUAUAAUUUAUUUGCUGAAGAAACUGGAAGCCAAGAGACACCACACAGCAAAUACACACCCAACCGUAUUCACUACAAUUAUGAUGUGACUUCUCCUUAUUAUAUUAACAUCACUCAUCGGCGACACAGACCACAACCAAUAUUUCCAAAUAUUGAAUCCACACCAGAAGCAAAAGUUGUUUCACCCAGUUUCGGGUGUAUAAACUUAGAGGAGUUAAAUUCUGAGGUAACAGAUCUAAAGCAGAUUUCAAAUAUUCCACAAGAGUCUGUUAAUGUAUUCGCUCUAACAGAGAGAAAUUUGAAAGAACUCUCGCUAGCUACUUCUAACUUGGAUCGCUCUUGUGUAUCUAUGAUUGAAGCAUGGCGUAAAAAAGUGGAGUCCUCGCGAGCUAAGAGGUCGAUUUUGAGACACUAUGACAACGUAGAGGAAAUGUUGGAUGAAGUAAUGAAAAGCGAUCAUCUUAACUACACUAACACUGUACUGCAAGAUAAGAAAUCAACUUCAGAAGAAACCAAACCCGAAGUAAAGUUGGUGCCGAAAUCAAAUUUGUCCUUAGGCGCUAUAAUACAAAAAGCGGCUCAAGCUCAUGUCGUGGAUAUGGAGCAUUCAGCAACUGGCUCAGAACUUGAGAGUAGUUAUCAUGCAGUAGAGGGUGAAAAAAAUGAAAAAAUAGUGAAUGAUUGCUUAAAAAAUCCAUGCGAAAAUAAUUUAGAAGUUGGAGGCGCAAAAAAUACGACGGAGGAAUACAUUUUACAGAUGACUGAAGCAUACGUACACACGGAUGAUGAGAAUGGACUAGUCUUUUACGAAACGAAACUACUCAGUAAUCAAAAGACUUGUGCUAAAGAAUGUGAACAACAAAAUUUGAAUAGUUCAAUGUCGACAAAUGUGACCACCCCUUUGGACUACGAAACAGAUGAACUACGCGCUGAGCUGAAACACUUUGGCGAUCCUCCAGGACCAAUAACCAAGAGCACAAAAAAACUAUAUAUAAAGCGACUUAUUAAAUAUAGAAAAAAUACACCAAAAAGUUUACAAUGUAAUGCCAUUGGAAAAGAUAUCAGCAAUGACACUGCAAAGUAUUCGGUAGAGCUGCAACGCACUAUACGUUCGCCUGAUCAAUUUGCACUCAUAACAAAUUAUCAAAAGUAUGAGUCUAAAUCGUCCGAGUACUUUGCGACGUUGCAAAAUAAACAUAAAAUGAGGGAAGGUCACCUUAAACAAAGUUUUAUAUAUAUGCUAAUUGACCCUCGAAUUUCUUGUAAUUUACCAGGAGAAAGCAUGUGCAUUGACAAGUAUAAUGCUUGGACCCGAUUUCUUCAAUCAGUUUUUUACGUGGGGAAAGGAAAAACUUCUCGUCCGUAUUCCCAUUUAUAUGAGGCUAUGAAGUUACAUUCACAUGUUCAAAGUCAAAAGAAGUUAUCGACCAGCACAACAGAAAUAGUACAUUCACAACGAGACAAAAUUUCAUUUCGAAAACAAACUGUAAGUGUAGAUAUUUUCAAAACAAGUUCCAAACAACCCUCGGAAAACAAAAAACUGGAACGAAUUCUGGACAUUUGGCGAUGCGGAAAAGGUGUGGUGUGUCUUCACGUUUUCCAUAACAUAUUGCCGACUGAAGCGUAUACACGAGAAGCCGCUAUAAUCGAUGCAUUUAGCAUGCAGCAUUUGACAAAUUACAAACGCGGCGACUACUAUGGUCCAGCACAAACCUGGACCAUGAAAGAGAAAAAGUUCUUCGGAAUAUCGUUAUUAUAUAGAGCAAUGCAAAUAUAUUUAGCUGAAGGCGAAUCACAGUUAUCUCCUAGUGAUCUCAUAUAAAUUAAGACAAAUGUUUAUAUAAACUAACCCAAUGUGAUAUUUAUAUUAGAUAAAGAAUGAAUUAGACGAAGGAUUUUACAAAUCUU